AUGGCACCGGCAGAAGUCUCCAACGAGAUGGAUAGAGAAUGUGUGAUCUGUCUAUCCUCACUUGGUUCUAAUCCUCAUGAGAAUGAAGACUGCCGAACAUGCGAGAUAAUGGUUUGUUCGACCGCCUCAAUUCCAUCUUGUGGUCAUCAAAACUUCCACUAUUGUUGUUUGAAAAAAUGGAAGGAUAACAGCAACCACACAUGUCCUUGCUGUAGGGGACCUUUCUUGGCUAUCGAGCGCGUGCUUCGUCUUGGUGCGCGUCGCUUGACGGGCCUCUUUCCACCAAAUUCGGCCACUUUCCAACAGGAUCGCUCUUUUGGCGGUUUCCAUAGAGUCACCCCUCAGCAGAUCGCCGGUAGCGACGUCUUGCAGCGUCGAGUCCGUGAUUUUACAAUCCGCGAGUUUCAUUUGGCAUUUGUGCCUUUGCCUCUAGACAUUGCCACGGGAGAGGAGAUAACUUGCGAAGACAUCUCCACCUUUGUUGUAAAUCUUCUAAAGAUAUACGAUCUCCGAGAGAAUGUGAAUGAGCUCAAAGGACAAGUGGCAUUUCCUUUUUCACAAGAGGUACCGUGGAGAAACAUUCUUGCAUGA